AUGCGCGAGCCAUACAAACGUCCACCAUUGCCGUUGCCCCUUCAUGUCGACUCUAAAAAUGGGGGCAGCCGACCAAACUAUAUCAUGUUCAUGCCAGAUCAGCUGCGCUACGACUCACUAGGUUGUACCUCCAGCGGCAGCCGUGUCGUCAAAACCCCCAAUAUAGAUGCUUUCCGGCAAAGGGGCACGCUAUUCACCAAUUGCUUUACUCAGGCCUCUGUAUGCUCGCAGUCCAGGUGCAGCAUGUUCACCGGCACCUACCCGCACGUCAGCGGUCACCGCAGCCUGGAGAAUCUGAUCAAGCCCUGGGAACCAAACUUGUUCCGGAGCUUGAAAGAGAAUGGCUACCACGUCGCCUGCCUCGCGCCUCGCGGCGACACCUUUGCCCCGACAGUGACGGAGCUCAGCGUGGAUGAGUAUGGGUUUCUAGAGACCCCUGAGUUCGUGCCCAAGUUCGCGGGUGGUCAAGAGCCAGAAGACAAGGAGGAUAUAUGGGGCCGGCUGUUCUACAAAGGACUCCGGGACGCCAACAAGGCUAUGGAUUAUGACGAUGCGGUCGUUCGAUCUGCCCUCGCAUGGCUGCAAUGCCCACCGGAUGACAAACCAUGGGUGCUGUUCAUGCCGCUCCUAUUUCCGCACUGUCCAUUUCAGGUGGAGGAACCUUACUUCUCCAUGUAUGACCGAGCUCAUGUACCAAGUCCUGUGUCAAACCCAGAAGCGAAGACUGGAUACGAGCCGCGGUAUAUGAAGACCAUACGCGAGCGCUAUGGCACCGGCCGUGCAACGGACGAGAUAUGGAGGGAAGUCAAGGCGACGUACUUCGGAAUGAUAUCUCGACUUGAUGACCAGUUCGGUCGGAUCAUGAAACUCGUUGAUGAGCUGGAUUUGUGGAAAGACACAGUCACGAUGUUCUUCACAGAUCAUGGCGAGUACCUCGGAGACCAUGGGCUGAUAGAGAAAUGGCCAUCAGGGCUUUCAGAAACGCUAGUCCACGAACCGCUAAUCAUCGGUGGAGCUGGGCUCCCAGAAGGGCAGACCAUCGCUGCCAUGACCGAGAUGGUCGACUUGAUUCCGACAAUGCUCGAGAUCUCGGGUAUAGGGGAGCAUUUCCCCCACAAUGGUUUAUCUUGGAUCAAAGUAUUACUGGGUAAGAGCAAAGAGCACAAACAGUAUGCCUUUUCAGAAGGUGGAUUCUUGACUUCCGAGGAGCCCCUACUGGAGCAGGCCCCUUAUCCAUACGAUAUUAAAGCUGGCCUGCAACACGAAGAUACUACCCUCGUUGGUAAAGCUAUCUCAAUCAGAGACGAACAGUGGACAUUCGUUUACCGCCUGUACGAGCCACCAGAACUCUACGACCGGCAACAAGAUCCGGAAGAGAUGCACAACCUUGCUUCCGAGCCAAAUUCUAGGAAGACCAUUGACAGGCUGGAAAAAGCUGUACUUAAAUGGUUAUUCGCAGGGAGCGACUUUCUGCCGUGGCAAAAAGAUGACAGGUUCCCCAGCGUCAAUCUCGAGAGUCCCAGAAAACAAUUGGAGAGACGGCUAAAGAAGAGCGGGUAG